AAAAACGCUUUUUACAGGGGAAGACCGAACUGUAGCUUCCAAGUUCCAUUGAUAGCAAAACCUCCUUUGCUGGUCUUGCUGAUCAGUUCACCAAUAUCUCAGACUGUAGAACCCAAAAGAACGCUAAAAUCAUUUUGGGUUUUCAAUUUCUAGUACUUGCCAGGUUAAUGAUGGCAAGCACCUCAGGACAAGGAUUUAGCCCUGGGAGAAACUACAGGUGUUGGCUAGAUGAAACUUUUUCCAGUCAUGAAACAGCUGAUGACGAGCUAUCAUAUACUCCUGAUGUAGAUAAUAAUUUGAUUGAAACAUCUAGCCAAGAUUUUUCUUUAACUUUGGAACCGGUUAUUGGGAUGGAAUUUGAAUCAGCAGAAGACGCUAGAGAUUUUUAUGAAAUGUAUGGUAGGCAUAUGGGAUUUACAAUACGGAACAAUCGUACACGUCGUUCACUAAAAGAUAACGCAAUAAUUGGCCGGGAGUUUGUUUGCUCAAAAGAAGGUUUCCGAGCAGAAAAAUAUGCAACGAGUCAAAACAGAGUUCUUCCAUCACGGCCAGCCACCAGAAAGGGAUGCAAUGCAAUGUUGAGGAUAACGGCAAAGGAUGGAGGCAAGUGGGUUAUAUAUGGUUUUGUAAAAGAACAUAAUCAUGAGUUGAAUCCUAACAAAAUACCACCUCGACGAUCACAUAGGAUUGCAUUCUGCGAGGAUGAGAAGGACUUGAAAAUCCGGGAACUGUCCAUGGAGCUACAUCGAGAGAAAAAGAAGUCUGCAGCUUAUCAAGAGAAGCUACAGAUUGUAUUGAAAUAUAUCGAGGAACAUACUCAGAGGUUAUCAUUGAAAGUUGAACUGGCAACUAACAAUAUGAGAGAACUUGAAUCUGAAAAGCAAGACAGUUCAUACUCAGACUAGAGUAUGUCAUUUGAUCUUGAUGUUUGUGUUAAAUGUUGCCCAUGAUUUAUUAUCAGUUCUUUGACCAAACUUAAGUAAGAAAAAGGAGUGCAAAUCCUACCUAACAGUGCAUGCGAUAAAGUUUGUAUACAGACGGCUGUUCACUGCCUCUACACUGCUCCCUUGUGCAAAAGUCAAACUGAAACGCCGCAGCAUGUUUUACUGUUGUGUAAGUGGACUGUGCUUUGCUUGGCAGGGUGUAGCCUCGCCUAAACCCAGUUAUAAAGUGAACAAAGCUAUUUCAAAGUUCUAUCUGGUUAUAGAAAUCGCUUUUCCAAUCUCUCGUAAAGAUACCGCCACCCUUAGGUUAAGCAAGGGGAAGUGAAUUCUACUAUUAGCCGGUGCUUACAAAGGCUAUGCUCAAGAUCUUGUGCUACAAUUUUUCAUUUUUGCUCCAAUGCAUAUGACCCAAAUGGUUGGCCC